GUUCCAUUUGUACACGGUUCUACAUGGAGUGUGGAGUCUAUAUUAGUUUGAUGAUAAGAGAGGAGGAAGAGGAACUUGUUGAACUGCGAAUAAAGAGGCAGGUAGAACCCAACAGGUGCGUCAUGUACACCUUCGUACCCGGAAGGAAAACGACUCAAACAAAGAGACUCCGUCUUCAGACAGCAAUGGAGCCGAGGGACCUGAAGCAGGAGUUCGAGGAUCAGUUCAACGAUGUGGUCUCCAGACUGCAUUCCAAGCAGCUCUUCCAGUCCGACUGGGACAUUGCCUCUUUUGCAGUCUUCUUCAUCUUCAUCGGUAUGAUUCUGCUGCUGGUCAUCCUGGUCCUCAUCCGCUGCUGCUGCUGCUGCUGCGACGACGAGAAGCCUCGACGACGGAAGGUCGGCAUAGAGAACAUGGCUCUGGAGCCCUGACAGCUGAACUGCACUGAUCAAGUAUUGAUGGAGCCAGAAGCAGAGCCUGAUAGUUUGAGUCCUGUGCCAAAACACAAGCUUUGAUUUUAGUCUGCAGCUUAAUGAAGUCUACCUGCACACAGAAUGAAUAGUUGCUACCCAGUUAUGGAAAUCUAACACACGUGAUCUUGUUGACUGUCACUGUGGGACUUAUUGCUAGGAUACCACAGAUGAGCUGGCUGCGUUUUUAUGUCUCUGUAGAUUUGAAUGUCACUCCCUCUUUUCUUCUUCUUCUUCCUUAUCUUGAAGGAUAAUGUUUUAAUUUGAAUGUUUUAUUAAGUAAUAAACACAUAAAAGUAAUAAAA